AUGAGUUUGAAUGCAUUUGCAACUUUAUGUGAAUUGCUACAAAUUCAAGGUGGAUUAGACGAAGAUGGUCAUGUUGGCAUAGGCGAGCAAGUAGCUACCUUCUUAAUCAUAUUAGCUCACCAUACCAAAAAUCGCAGCGUACAAGUCAGGUUCUAUAGGUCUGGUGAAACUAUUAGUAGGUAUUUUCAAAAGAUAUUGUGUUCGAUUUUGCGUGUCCAAAGUAUCUUAUUUGCAAAGGCAGACCCUGUACCGGAAGAUUGUGUAGAUCCCAGAUGGAAAUGGUUCAAGGGUUGUCUAGGAGCAUUAAAUGGAACUUAUAUAGAUGUCACAGUCCCAAAGAGUGAUAAAUCUAGAUAUCGGACGAGAAAAUCUAGAAUAUCCACCAAUGUCUUAGGAGUUUGCAAUCGGAACAUGAAUUUCGUCUAUGUCCUUCGUGGUUGGGAAGGAUUGGCAUCUAAUUCAAGGGUACUUAGGGAUGCUAUUACUCGACGUAAUGGCUUGAAAAUACCUAUUGGGUGUUAUUACUUAGUGGAUGCUGGCUAUACCAAUGGGAGAGGAUUUUUAUCUCCUUAUAGAAAUGUUCGUUAUCAUGUGAAUGAGUGGGUUGAAGGUCAUCGAGCACCACAAAAUCAUCUAGAGUUAUUUAAUAAGAAGCAUUCUUCGACUAGAAAUGUAAUUGAGCGGUGCUUUGGGUUGCUUAAGAAAAGAUGGACAAUUCUACGAAGUCCCUCGUUCUAUCCUAUUAGGGUUCAAAGCCACAUUAUUAUUACUUGUUGUUUGUUACAAAAUUUUAUUCGUAUGAACAUGGAUGUUGAUCCCGAAGAAGAUGCAACUCUUUUGCAAGAACACAUACCCGUAGGAGAUGAUACUAUAGUUGAUGAAGCUGACACAAUUGAUGUUGUGGAAAGUAGCCAUGAGUGGACUCAAUGGCGUGAGGACCUAGCAACCGAGAUGUGGAAAAUAUGGAGAGGAGAACAUGGCGCGUAG